UAGAAUAAUAUGAUAGUCAAUUGAUUCAUUUAUUAACUAAUUGUUAGUUCAAAAUUUUAAUUGAUAUUUUCUUUGCUAUGCGUCUUUUGUCUAUCAACAAUUUUCGAAGUCGUUUUCGCGUUAUUAAAUGGUAGUAACGCCCCUGUUUUCUGAAAAGAAAAAUCAAAACCAAGACUGCAGUCGAAACAAACUAAAAAGAAGCAGUAUAUUACCAAAGUACAAUGAUAAAAUGUAAAACUGAAUUACCGACCGCGUGCGUAUUAACGUGGAAUUUCCCGUCGCCUGUCGAUAAAAUCGUACGAAACCACUUGAAGUUAUUGCGCUUGUGCGAUAAUAUCUUAAACGCAUUAACAAACGUGGAAUAUUAAGUAAACUUCAUAUCGAUUAGUGGACUUUUAAACAUUCAGGAACUCGCUGACUUUCUGCGAUAAUGCCAGUUCGAACUGAAGAAAAUGAAGCAAAGCAGAGUUAAGGAGUUAGGAAUCAUUCAUCCAAUCACUUAUUCAGCUGCACUUGUCUUCCAUUCCUCUCAGAACAAAAAGUUCCGAAUAUGGUUGAUUCAAAGUAUUCAUCAUAUGCCGAGCGACUAACGUCUUUGAGCAACUGGCCAGGUCGAAAUUCAUUCGAUCCUGGUGCAGUUGCAAAAUCUGGUCUCUACUAUCUUACCAGUGAUGAUGGUGAUAGAGUCAGGUGUGCUUUCUGCGAAUUUACAGUCGCGAACUGGAAAACCUGGGUCGACAUCUGGAAAUUGCAUGCAUCCUUUGUUCCUACAUGUGUCCAUCUCUUGUGUAGUAAAGGCACAGAAUAUGUCCAAAAGGUCUUGCAAGAGGAAGAUUGUAAUGCAGUGCGUGUGCAUGGGUUGAUGAACAUUACCACACAGAGUUUUACACGCAGUAGGAGCCGUCAGCCAGAAGAUCUUACGAUACUCGGGGUCAAUGAUCUUCUCUUAAGCAGACAACAGCAGUCUUCUUCGUGUAGCCCAAGUUCAAGAUGCGCCGGUCAGUACCGAACUCCCCGCGGCGUCCCACUUACAGUGCCAAAGCAUAGAGAGAUGGUACAUCCUGACUUAAGAUUAUCAUCAUUUGACAACGCGGAUAUUCGCCGAACGUUUCCUGAUCUGAAUGUAGUUGUUCAUGCGGGAUUUUUCUUUACAGGCGCUGAUGGUUCGCUGAGAUGUUACCAUUGCGGUGUACGGUUUAAAAACUUGAAGUGGGAUGAUAAUCUUUGGGAAAAGCAUGCCAAGCAAGCUCCGCAUUGCAUACAUGUUAUUCUUACGAAAAGUGAAGAAUUUGUAGAGAAGGUGCUAACAGAUGGCCGCAGAAAGCUGAAAAGAUCUGCUAGUGAUAUAGGGGAUAGCGUUAGUCCUACGACUAAGAAAUUUAAUGUCUUCGGCAUUAGUGAAGAAGAGGGAGUUGAAAGAGCCCGGCGAGAAAACAUGGACCGAUUCGCUUCUAUAGAUGCCGGCGACCAGUCAUAUAUGUGCGGAAGGUGCCAACGACACAGCGAUGGUCCAACAGCUAUAGGUUCUGUAUGUUGUGGCGUGUGGGUUUGUGAAUCGUGUGGCAAAUGUGAUGGACAUUGUCCUGUCUGUGGCAGGAUCUAAAAUGAAACAAUCAUUUGGAGCAUAGUCGGGGUGUGGCUAUUGUUUACGAACUGCUCGUGCCACAAUACUGGAUUACUGCUUUAUAAGUUGUUGGUUCACCAUCUAGUUUUGCAGUUGAAUUACUUAUUCUCCUGAUCGGGAUGGCUUAUUCUAUUAUCUGAAAUUUUAAAUUCGCCACCACUACAGGACAGUGAGCUGCUGUUUUAGUCGUUCUAUUUAAACUAUUAUUGUGGAAAUAUGCUUAUAUAACCUUUAAGAUGGUGAAGGGAUGUAAAGUAACAAUAUAGUUCUUGUAUAUGGGUUUUAUUGUGUAGAACGCGUUGUUUUCAUAUUUAUUUAUUGUGUUUUCAAUUUAUACCAUAUAUAGUUUGAUGCUUGUUUAAGUGCUUCAGUCUGGGGCAUGUAUGUAAAUACACUUUAUAUAUUAUAAGCCUAUAGAAGAUAUUCAGUUUCGCUUAAGCAGACUAUGUGCUAGGGGGCGUGGAACGUGUGGUAAUACCGUAUUUAUACACGUUUUCCAUGAAUGGGUUCAAUUAAACCGAGCCCGGGAUAUCUAGUAAUUGCGAAAUGAUGAAUGGCAUAUAAUAUAUCAAAUCUGUGUACGUGUUACGUAUUAUAUUACAUUCAUUUUUUUUUUUUUUCAUUUUUUUUUCUAUAUAAUAUCAAUUUUGUCAUUUUCAUUCGUGUAUGCUUUGUAAACGGCUUUUAUUGGAAUGAACGAUAUUGUUUCCACGAAAUGCCACGAAAAAUGUACAUUUUGCUCUUAAUUGGUUGGGUAAAAUUGAAGUCCUCUUAAAUACUAAACAUUUUAUUAUUUGAAAAUUGUAUUUGGUAUAAACAUUUUUCAUACAGUUUUUGUAGAGCAUCUGUAUAAUUUGCUUACAUUACAUUUCAGUUUCAUAUCUAGUUGCGUUUUAUAAAUACUCUUCCAUUUUCCAACAAACGCAAUAACAUUUUCUGUUGUAAUUUUGUAAAGACGUCGUUAAUACAGUGGAGUAAAAUUCUUAACAUCUUACACCUUAAUAUUUUUUACUAACUGUAUCAAACCAAUUUUUACAUUUAUUUCCUGAUUCAUCAAAACUGUAACAAACAAACUAAUUUUCUUUUCAUUUCUUGUUUUUAAUAAAUUUUCCGUUUUAUAUUUCCGUACCAGUGAAAAAUAAGUUUGAUUACAUUUGAUUACAUUUUAUUGAAUAUGCAAUAAAAGGAAAAUAUUUUAUUUAUAUGUAUGAAUAAUACUUUAGUAUAAUCAAAGUACGGACUGGCA